UUUUGUGAGGGUCAACACAAGRAAACUGGUUUUAAUGGGCACGAUAAAUUCACCUGUUUAUUACGUAUUAUUCACUAACAGGAAUAAAACACGUUAUUUAGCGUUUGUAGCCGUACACCUUUGCUAGCUUGCCUGUCUAGGACCAAUGAGUUUACCUCCAGAGAAAGCUUCCGAGUUGAAGCAGAUAAUACACAACCAUCUGCUCAAGAUGGAUAUCCAUGGGAAGAUCCGAGAGGUGCUGUCUGAGACUGUAAGGGAAGAUAAAGGCUCKGGGCAGCGAUCAUUGUCUGAGGAAGACUUCCUACACGCUCUUCAACGCAGGGGCAUCAUAGAUGACGUGAUGAAAGACCUCCACUUUGCUAAGGAAACGGCCACAGAUGCAGGACCAGUGUCUCCUUCCAAGUCAGCCACUCAUUUUGUUAACAAAGAUUGUACUCAGUUAAAGAAAAMAAAUAUCGAUCCAUCAAGGCGGUACUUGUAUCUCCAAGUGCUUGGAGGUAAGGCRUUUCUCGAGCACCUUCAGGAGCCCGAGCCUUUACCUGGUCAGGUGUGCUCUACGUUUACACUUUACCUGCACUUCCGCAACCAGAGGUUUUGCUCAAAACCAGUGCCUUGUGCCUGCGAACCAGAUCUGAAGGAGGGCUUCCUCCUAGAGAUCUGCAAGGAGGGCCUUGGUGAUGGUAGUAAGAUGCUAGAUUCUACAACCAUGCUGUCGAUGUGUGACCCAGUCCACUUUGUGCUGAUCAAGACGGACACCUCCAGUGAGACGACCCUGGUCUCCUCCUACUUCCUGGACUGGAGGAGAGUCCUCAGCUCACCCAGUAGCAAGACCUGCUUUGCUGUAGAGCUGAUGGGAGUUGGAAGCGAGUGCAAAGUCCCAGCCGGUGUUUUGACCGUCAGUCUGGAGCUCUACCCUCCUCUUCCUGAAACUUUGAACUCUGACAUCAUCAGCACCCAGAAAUCACUGGAGAGGCGACGCACGGCAGAGAAGGAGCGGCUCUUCCUGGUUUACGCCAAACAGUGGUGGAGAGAGUUCCUGGAGAUCCGACCGUCUCACCAGUCCAAACUGGUCAAAAUCUUUGCCCAGGAUGAGAACGGCGUCAACAGAGUGGCGUGUUCAUACGUGCGUGUCGUUCGCGCCAGCCGCCUCCUGGAGAGCCCUCGACAAGCUGCUCGCUUUGUCAGCCUGCUGGCCCACGAGAGGGUUCCAGUGGUGGGAGGGGGCGCUAAACAGGAGCAGUGGUGCUCGCUGAUGGCUUUUCUGUGUAGAGGGAAGGGGGACUGUGAGGACCACGCUACUCUCCUGUGCAGCCUGCUGCUGGGCUUCGGUCUGGAUGCCUACGUGUGCGUGGGCACCAAAGCCAAAGGUGUGCCACACACCUGGGUCCUGACCCGGGGCACUGAUGGCAGCAUCACUUUUUGGGAGAGUCUGACCGCACACAGAUAUCUGCACCGAGCCAUCGAUCCAGACGCCCCUCCCCUCAGCCCUCAACCCAAACCCUCGUCCCCGUACCGCACCGUGGGCUGUGUCUUCAACCAGCACAGCUUCCUGGCAAACUGCCAGCCCUCGGAUGCUGUGGAGCUCUGUGUCUUUGACUUCCAGAAUCCGUCCCGCUGGAAGGCGAUGAGUGAAGAGGCUCUGAAGUCUGUGUGCGCCCCGGGCUCCACUGCCUCGUUGCCCCCCGUGCCCCCUCUCUGUGCCCCAUCUCUGGAUCCGGUUGCAGCUAGCAACCAGCUGGAGCUGGAGAUGCGCUACUUGGUCUCCGAACACAGGAAGGACCUGGACUUGGCAACAGUGUGGGAUGACCACCUGUCCUACCUGCUGUCCUCAGCCCUGUCAGCCUAUGAAAUGGAGCGAUGCACCGGUGUCUCCUGCGGCAACGAGGAGUUCCAGGACGCAGUGAGGAGGGCCGUCCCUGACGGACACACCUUCAAAGGCUUCCCCAUCCACUUCCUGCACCGCAACGCUCGGAGAGCUUUUGCCACCUGCCUCAGGUCUUCAUUUUGUGAGGAAGUGGUGAGUUGUCGGGGCGACCACGUGAGACUUGCUGUACGUGUUCGGGUGUUUGUAUAUCCUGAGAAUGCGUGUGCAGUGUGGCUCAUGUUUGCAUGUAAGUACCGGUCUGUACUCUGACCAAGGUACCACCAAGUGCUACACCUGGACUCCUUCAAACAUGCGCCACAGAGACUUCAUGGCUCCAAGACCACCUGAGCCCACAAUGACUCAAAACUGGUCACAAAGAUUUGUUUGGGGCUCGACUCUGAUGCUCAGGCUUUUAUUUUUUUAAAUCAGUGGAGUUUUCACUUGUACAUAUACAGUAUAGAUGUGUUAUUUAUUGUUACAAAUAAACGUAUUUUAUCCCAGAAUUUACACUUUUCUGUGCACCAUUAUUAAAAGGUUUUUCUAGUAGACUUUA